AGCCGCAUCAACACUCAGCUUCCAAAAUGCCUGGAACUCUACUGGACCAGAGAAGCUUUAGAUUAUUCAAAUCCAAAGAAAUGGAAACCACGAGCUAUUUGAGAGACGGCCAGUCCUCACUUGCAACUUUAAACCACAAAACGAUUACUCUGGUGUCCUUCUCCAAACAGCAGUCUUCUAAAAAGCUCCACGUGUUGGAGGAUGGAGAGUGUCCUGUGAAGACAAGCCAGGUUGCUCAGAAAGAGGAAAACCCUUCCAUCCAUAACUUCCCAGAGGCACUAGGAAGCUGUAGCCGACAGACUCUAUCAGGGGACACUUCCCCCAUCUAUCUACCUGCAUCGACAAUGAAGCACAAGUUUGCCUUUGAUAAUGUCGGCUUUGAGGAAGACACAGAACAUUUGCCCGCUCUUUGUUCUCAGGUGGACGUUAUUACAGUCAAUAUUUCAGGUAUGACUUGCCAGGCGUGCGUACAAUCCAUAGAGGGAAGAAUUUCCAAGGUGAAAGGGAUUGUGGAUAUCAAGGUUUCUCUCAAGCAAAAUAACGCUGUAAUCAAAUAUUUGGGAGUGGAAAUAAACCCCUACCAGAUCUGCCAGGAGAUCAAAGACAUGGGAUAUGACGCCUGCACGAUGGACGCAAUGCAUUUUUCAAGGCAACUGACCUAUGAAGCCUCUGUGAAGAUCAGGAUAGAAGGCAUGACCUGUCAAUCUUGCGCCAAUACUAUCGAGGGAAAGAUUGGAAAACUACAUGGCGUGAAGAGGAUCAAAGUGUCCCUCGACAAACACGAAGCUGUCGUUGUUUACCACCCCUACGCCAUUAAACCUGAAGAGUUAAAGGACAGCAUAGACAGCUUGGGAUAUGAAAGCACUAUUAAGCACAAGCAAGUCCCGUUAAAACUGGGUGUGAUCGACACGGAACGCUUGCAGCAGAUGAGUACAAGAAAUCCGGGUGGGCCGGAUGGUGAUAGACACACAACAGAGAACGGUGCAGACGACGCAUCCUUUGUAACGUUGGCUGUGGAAGGGAUGCAUUGCAAAUCCUGCGUUGACACCAUUGAAAAGUCCACCUCAGCCUUGCCUGGGGUGCGUUGCGUUCAAGUGUCUUUGGAACAGAAAAAUGCUGCUGUGUGGUAUGACCAGACUCUGGUCACCCCGUCCUCGCUGCAGCAAGCCAUCCAAGCCCUUCCUCCCGGUCACUUUAAAGUAUCAUUUUCUAGUAGAACAGAGGAUUGUAAUGGGACGCUUCCUUCACAUGCGGCGUCCUCCUCCUCUUGUCCUGGCAAUCUUUCCCAAGGACAGCUGCAAAGCGAACCCACCACCACCACCACUGUAAUUAGUAUUGGCGGAAUGACCUGUAACUCCUGUGUGAAAUCCAUCAAAAGCUUGAUAUCUCAAAGAAAAGGGGUGCUGCAUAUAUCUGUAUCUUUGGCUGAAGGGACCGGAACCAUUUGCUACAGUUCAGAUCUAACAACCCCUGAAGAACUGAGGGCCGCUAUAGAAGACAUGGGGUUUGACACUUCCGUUCUCAAAGAUAUCACCACAGAAAGUCUUACUGCUAGAAGUAUAGAGGCCAACGAACCAGCCUCUACUCCUUUGAAAACUCAAGUUGCUUCUGCAUUGCCACAUGGAGAUGCUGUUCUGGAGAAAGAGAACUUGCAUCGUGACCAUCCAAAGCCAUCUUGUUCGGGAACCACUGAAAAAUGCUUUAUGAAGAUCACGGGCAUGACGUGCGCAUCUUGUGUGUCAAGCAUUGAAAAGAACCUGCAAAAAGAAAAUGGCAUAGUUUCCGUGCUUGUUGCCUUGAUGGCAGGGAAGGCUGAAGUAAAAUACAAGCCAGCGAUUAUUCAGCCUCUGGAAAUAGCCCGGUUGAUUGAGAAUUUGGGCUUUGACGCUUCAGUGAUAGACGACCCUGAUGCGGAUAGCAAGAUUGAUCUUAAGAUCCUAGGCAUGACUUGCUCUUCAUGCGUGCACAACAUUGAAUCCAAACUUUCCAGAACACCUGGGAUCCUUGACGCAUCUGUCGUGCUGGCCACAUGCAAAGCCCGUGUCCGUUUCGAUCCUGAAGUUAUCGGUCCUCGAGAUAUUAUAAAAAUUAUUGAGGGAAUUGGUUUUCAAGCAUCUCUGGUUAAAAAGGAUCCACGGGAUUACAGCUUAGAUCACAAAGAAGAGAUCCAACAAUGGAAGAAAUCAUUCUUAUGCAGCCUGGUGUUUGGCAUCCCUGUUAUGGUCUUAAUGAUUUACAUGCUAAUACCAGGUGGCCAAGAGCAUGGAUCCUCUGUGCUGGAUCAAAACAUAAUUCCUGGAUUGUCUAUUCAAAACCUUCUCUUCUUUGUCCUUUGCACUUUGGUUCAGAUCCUUGGCGGAUGGUACUUCUACGUCCAAGCCUAUAAGUCGUUGAAACACAAGAUGGCCAAUAUGGAUGUCCUCAUAGUGCUGGCCACAACUAUUGCUUAUGUUUACUCUUGUGCUAUUUUACUGGUCGCCAUGGCGGAACAGGCAGAGCAAAGCCCCAUGACCUUUUUCGACACCCCUCCAAUGCUGUUUGUGUUCAUUUCUCUUGGUCGGUGGCUGGAACACAUAGCAAAGAGUAAAACUUCGGAGGCACUUGCCAAAUUAAUAUCUCUUCAAGCCACGGAGGCUGUUGUAGUGACUCUUGGACCUGACAACUGUGUGAUCAGGGAAGACCAAGUGCCUGUUGAGCUGGUUCAGCGAGGAGACAUUGUCAAAGUGGUACCUGGGGGGAAAUUUCCAGUGGAUGGGAAAGUGAUUGAAGGCAGCUCUAUGGCAGAUGAAUCGCUAAUUACUGGGGAAGCCAUGCCUGUCACUAAGAAGCCCGGCAGCACCGUAAUUGCAGGCUCUCUCAACGCCCAUGGCUCAGUGCUUGUCAACGCAACUCAUGUUGGCUCGGAUACCACCCUGGCCCAGAUUGUGAAAUUGGUCGAAGAAGCUCAGAUGUCAAAGGCACCCAUCCAGCAACUGGCUGACAAGUUUAGUGGAUAUUUUGUCCCCUUUAUCAUCAUAAUUUCUACCGCAACUCUGGUCGCAUGGAUUGUGAUUGGAUUUAUACACUUCGAUAUUGUGCUGAAAUACUUUCCUCAUUACAGUAAACACAUUUCAAAAGCAGAGAUCGUCGUACGCUUUGCUUUCCAGACCUCCAUCACAGUCCUGUGCAUCGCCUGCCCCUGCUCCCUGGGGCUGGCCACCCCCACGGCUGUGAUGGUGAGCACAGGAGUCGCCGCGCAGAACGGUAUUCUCAUCAAAGGUGGGAAGCCUCUGGAGAUGGCACACAAGGUCAAUACUGUGAUGUUUGAUAAAACAGGGACGAUCACUCACGGGGUUCCCAGAGUCAUGAGAGUCCUCUUGCUAGGCGAUGUUGCCGCUACGCUCUCUCUGAAGCAGAUCCUUGCUGUCGUGGGCACAGCAGAAGCCAGCAGUGAACAUCCCUUAGGGGUGGCUGUCACUCGAUAUUGCAAAGAGGAGCUCGGCACGGACGUCUUAGGGUAUUGUCAAGACUUCCAGACAGUUCCUGGCUGUGGAAUAAGCUGUAAAGUUAGCAGUGUAGAAGCUGUGCUGGGUGAGACGGAGCAGCAUUUGGGCAGCCUGAGCCCACCGCUUGGUGACAGUGAUAGAAUUCCUGCAGACCAGAUUUCACAGACUCCGUUUUCCAAAGUGGGAGAUUCAGCAGCCCCUCAGACCUACUCAGUACUGAUCGGCAAUCGGGAGUGGAUGAGGCGGAACGGCUUGCCUAUCUCCAGCGACGUUCAUGAAGCCAUGACCGGCCAUGAAACCAAAGGACAAACCGCUAUUUUGGUGGCUAUAAAUGGGAUGCUUUGUGGCAUGGUUGCGAUCGCGGACUCCGUCAAGCAGGAGGCAGCCCUGGCCAUGCACACCUUGCAAAAUAUGGGCGUGGACGUGGUGCUUGUGACGGGGGACAACCGGAAAACUGCCACGGCUAUUGCCACUCAGGUUGGGAUCCGGAAAGUCUUUGCUGAGGUUCUCCCGUCGCACAAAGUGGCCAAAGUCCAGGAGCUCCAAGCAGCUGGAAAGAAAGUCGCCAUGGUCGGAGAUGGAGUCAAUGACUCCCCAGCUUUGGCAAGAGCGGAUGUUGGCAUCGCUAUUGGGACUGGCACAGAUGUUGCCAUUGAAGCAGCAGACGUUGUUCUUAUUCGUAAUUGUUUGAUGGAUGUGGUUGCAAGUAUCCAUCUUUCCAAGAAGACAGUGAAAAGAAUACGAUUAAAUCUAAUUCUAGCCUUAAUAUACAACCUCCUUGGGAUACCCAUAGCAGCAGGAGUGUUUAUGCCUAUUGGAAUUGUGUUACAACCAUGGAUGGGGUCAGCAGCCAUGGCAGCGUCUUCAAUAUCAGUGUUGCUCUCUUCUCUGCAGCUGAAAUGGUACUAGAAGCCGAGACGGGAAAGA